AGGGCUACAGCUAACGAGCGUCCAGUGGAGACCGGAGUCACCGGACAGCCGUUCCUCGCUUCGGUAUGAUGCCAGGUGACAGCGACAUGACCUCCAUCGUCCAGAGAAUAGCUCGGCAGGCUCUCGUCACCUUCAGGAGCCCGCCUCGGGUCGGCGAAGAGGCCGCUAAAUCUUUUUUGGAGAACCACAGCAAACUAAAGAGUCUAAUGACGGAAGUACGAGCCGCCGACCUGAAGCUCGUCCCGCGGAGAGCCGACGACAGCUCGCCCGGAGUGCCUCCUCCGCUCCCGUACCACCACGGCGCGCCCCCGGUCACCUACAUGCACAUCUGUGAGACGGACCAUUUCAGCAUGGGGGUGUUUCUGCUGAAAAGCGGCGCCUCCAUCCCUCUGCACGACCACCCGGGGAUGCACGGCAUGCUCAAAGUCAUGUACGGCAAGGUCAGGAUCAGCUGCUUCGACCGGCUGGAGCGGCCGGCCGGCAGUCCGCAGGUGGCCCCUCCGCUUCCCCCGGCCCAGAUGGACGCUCUGCGGCGCUCCAUGCUCCGCUCCACCGGGGAGUACACGGAGGAGAGCGGCCCGUGCGUGCUCUCCCCUGACCGGGAUAACCUCCACCAGAUUGACGCCGUGGACGGCCCGACGGCGUUCAUGGACAUCCUGGCCCCGCCGUACGACCCGGACGACGGCAGAGACUGUCACUAUUACAAGGUUCUGACAGAAGCGGAGGUUAAAAACACAGAGCAGAAGGAGAAGGAGGUCUGGCUCAUGGAGAUCUCACAACCCCCGGACUUCUGGUGCGGAGGGGAGCCGUACCCGGGCCCGGAGGUCCGUCUCUGAUCCAUCUGACUGACCUGCAGCCACCAAAUGUCUUCUUUUCUCGGGCUGGUCUGGUUUCUGCACCCUGUAGUGGCACAAGGCCGGGGCCUGGGGCCUGGGGCCUGGGGCCUGUGGACUUGGUUGGACAAACUGAACUGAAUGAAGGGUCUCUAAAUCAUUAAUCCAUGUGUUAGUGGCACAGGAGGUCAUCACAGACACAAAUUAGAGGGUCUUAAUUGGACCAAGGAAGUCCCUGUGCAGAACAGGAGACUACCUGUUCCUUUAGGGAAAAUGAUUCAGCACAAAAUUAGGUGACCUCAUUGUAAGGCAUUGUUAACAGUGCUCUCACAGCUGCAACUCUGACAUAUAAUAACUCAAGUUUCCACUUCACUUGGAGCCCCUGGCAAUACUAAACAACAUCCCGUUGAUCCUUCCCUGUUUGUGCAUGAAGGCUGUGACUGCCAGGGAAGCAGGUAGUGCCUCAUCUCUUGCUUUUAAUGCACUCACAGGUCCUGUGUAUAAUGGGAACACCAAACGACAAACUUCAGAUACGUCUUUUACCCCCAGAAAGGGAAUGAAACCACACUCUGCAUUUGUUUCUCUGACCCUUAUUCUCUGACCCUAUCCAGCUCAAUUUUGGCAUCGCUAUCUUUCUCCUGUGUUGUCGGUGUGGGCAGCAAUCUCUAUAUCAUGUGUGUAACUGAGGAGAGAGAACACUUUGGAGGCCUCCUGUCACACACUUCUGGGUUCCUCUGAUGGAUUUAGUGUCAUUAUAGGUGGCGUCAUUUUGUAAGUCAGUACAGGAGCGUAUGGAUGGCAGCUGAAAGGGUUAUAAAGGGAAAAGCACCAAAAUUGGGAGUUUCAGAUGAUGUGAGCAAAUAGGCUAAAAUAAGACCCUGUAAGGUAUUUUCAAGGAGAGAUGCCAAGAAAUGACAAACUGAUGAUGUGCAGGGUGCAAAUGCUGCAUUCAAGAAAAGUCAGGAAGUCUGAAUUUCGCUCCCUGCAUCUGAUCAAAGUCGGGGCUUCAAAGUUUUGAUUCCAAAAUUGAAACAUUUGGGGCAGACUUCCGUACCUCGACGCUUUCACACUAAGCAUUACGCAGACAUACUUUUGAUAACCUCUAAAUACACUAAAUUUCAGUAUUGCAUGAGCCUCAAUAUACAACAAGUACUUGCUGGUGGUUUAAAGGUCUGAUAUUUAUUUCAAAUGUCUGGUGCAUGAGGGAUGCAGUGCAUGCAGUUUUCCACGCUGCAGCAGUGAAACAUAGUAGUUCAAUAUAUAAUCUACUAGAUUGGAAUUCCUGACUUCUGACUGCACCUUGAAUGCAGCAUUAAAAACGUAUGUGUCCUGACCUGAGCUGAGUUUCCCGGGACCCUGGAGUGGCUGUGUUGAUGUGUUUUAAAUGUCUUCCUGCUUCAGGCUUUGUGACGUUUGUUCCAGUCGGAUAAAGAACUGUGUGAAUCAGAAAUAUCUAAAGCUGCAAGUUUUCUUGUCUCGCGUUGUGUUUAGGACUCGACAAACUGUAGACUGCCUUUUUUUUUUUUUUUUUUUUCUUUUCUGGGAAGAGUUUGAUCCUCAGGGCUGUUUGUGAUCCGUAUCACUGACUGAUUGUUGGAAAGAUGUGCACUAAAUUAAGCUUCUGAGUACAAAUUUUGGUUUUCACUGUUCGGCAGGAAUGUGAGUGUGAUUAUAAAGUCAGGAUCAUAAAAAGGUUUGAGUUUGGAAUUAAUCAGACAUGCAAGGUGAAUGUGAGGAUUAUGUUUAGAAACUAAGUUUAUGGAGUGAAAACUCUGAAGCUAAACAAACUUCUGAACAAAUUCUCUGCUACUUAAAAUCAGCACUUAAAUUGUACGGUAUGUAUGGACUAAUGAAAAACCAUGCUUGUUCUGAAACUAGUGCUGACAUGAAAGUAAAGCACCUACUGUCAUAUUAAAAUCUGUUGGGGAUUUUUGGAGAAUCUGGCUUAUUGAAAUUGUCUGUUUGGAUCACUUUUAUUUCAAACUACAUUGUAAUUUGCAAAUAAAACUUUAACUUUUCCAGAGUUAUUACAAAAUCCUCCUUUGAGGACAGCGACUGAGACUGAUGUGCUGUAUGUUGUGUCACUGUGGGAGUUUAGACUAUAGAGGUCUUCUAAUCAGCUGAUGUUUCAUCAACAGAAAGCUCUUUAAAUCAGAAUCUGAUUCCCAAAUCCAGUUGGUGUAAAAUGAACAGUCACUGUAUCGAUGUAUUUUGCCUAUAAUGAAGAUUUUCUGUCUGUUCAUAUAAAAUGUGCUGUUUAUUUUUGCCUAAA